UUCAUAUAACCAUCAAACACUUACUGGUUCGCUGUAGUGUGAGAAGGUGUAAGAAAGUGUGUGGAAAGAGUGUUGCAAUGACUUCCUGCGCAAUGAUGAAGAUGACUGGAUUCCUGCUAGGGGCAUCUUUUGGCCUUAGCAUGGCCUACCACAUUUCUUCAUAUACUGUUACUGCAGAUGGUCCAAAGAUGAUGUAUGAUUUCCGUACCAUGCAAUCUUUGGACAACUGGAAAGAAUCUUCAGACACUGUCAGGGAACCAGGAAUGUCAAAAGCUGUUUUUACUUUGCAGAAAUCAAAGUUAUUUCAGCGAGCUGUGUUCUUCUCCAUGCUCAAUCCUCAGCCGAAUGGAGCUGGCUUUGCAGGGACUUACACAAAUGAUGGGUGGAAUUUAAGCAAUCAUUCAGCUCUUGAAAUGAAAGUUCGUGGUCAAGGAGAUAACUACAUCUACAAAGUGAACUUCCAACAUAAAGGACAAGAACCCAGUGUAUACCCUUCUUAUGAAAUUUUCUUCACAGCUCCAGAGAACAAGUGGACCAUUAUCUCUCUGCCGUUUAGUGAGUUUAAGCCAUACUACCGUGGGGCUCUUGUUCCUGACGCAGAACCUCUUGACACAUCGGAUAUAACGAGAACUACCAUUCAGAUUCCUGGUGGCGUUUAUAGCGACUUUAAACAGAGAGGAACAAGCUCACUGGAGAUUGAUUAUAUUCAGGCUGUUUGAAAAUGCUGAGUUGACAAUUGAUUAUCCAUAAGUUAUGAGAGAUAAUUUAUUGUUUAGAGGAAGUGAUAGAUUUUUUUUUUUUUUUUU